AUGACCUCUGCCCUCGACCCGUCCCUCGCCGACUACCCUCCCCCCGCCAAGCGGCCUCGCGUCGCCGACUCCUACGACCCGCUCAACUACUACGCCCCAGGGCCCUCGAUCCACCCCUCCAACGCCCUUCCCGACCAGGACGGACUGGGAGAUGCCGCCUCCAAGAAGAACAGAAAGCGGCCGCUCUCGUGCGGCGAAUGCAGGAGGUCAUGCGACCGCGUGUUCCCGUGCCAGUCGUGCUGCAAGAGAGGAUGUGCGGAGAUCUGCCCCGACGGCGCGCUUACCGGUGGCAAGGGCAGCAGGUUCAUUCUCGCGAACACCGAGCAGCUGCACGAGAAAAUCAAGUCCAUGAGCGCACGGAUCCGCGAGCUCGAGGACGCCCUUCGCGACGUCCAAGGCGGGCACCCGCUCCUCCGCGAGGAGCUCCUGCUCAUCAAGAAGUCUGCCGACCUUUUCGGAGUGGAUCCCAAUCAACUGCAGCCGCCAACGGCGGAAGGCAACGGCAAGCACGUAGACAUGUAUAUGGGCCAUGCUCCUGCCUCGCCCCAGAUGCUCGACGACCGCUCGAGUUUGUCUCCGCCCGCGAGGGAUCCGGAAGACGUCUCCAUUCCAUUGGACGUCCUGCGCGUCAGCGACCGGUUCCCCGCUCCCAGCGCACUCACCUUCGAUCUCAACCCUGGGCUCCGGAAACGCAUCUUGGAGUUGCUUCCCCCACAACAUGAAGCUCGAUAUCUCUGCGAACAAGCUGCUGAACAUGCAGCAUGGCACCAAAACUCGGAUGGAAGUGAUGGUGUACCUAAUAUGGUACACAGCAUAUACAACACGUCGCCUGCAACGCUCAACCCACAUCGACUGUCCUACUUCCUCAUAAUCCUCGCUAUCGGUGUCUGUGUCGACCAACGACGGAGCCAUUUCUCUUGGGCGGCAGACGCAGAACGCUACCACCAACUCUCACGAGCAGCAUUGUGCGAGACAUCGGUGAUCAACGAUCCAAGCAUGGAUGCGAUCAACGCACUGUUUUACAUGGCGCGAUAUCUUUCCAUGUUCUCGGUUGACAAGGAGGCAACAGAGUAUGCGUUUGCGGUAUUGGGUAUCGCAAUGAAGCUGGCAGUUGCCGUAAAUCGGGCUUCAAGUCGCUCUAAAGUCAUCCCCGAGGAACUCGACAAGCGCAAAACCUUGUUGUGGUGCAUGCAAAAUGUCGACCAGCGAUUGUCCUUGAUGCUACGGCGUGCACCGUCGCUGUCCUUGCGGUAUGUGGACGUUGAUCCACCCACAUCGAGCGAGUUCCCUGCGUCAACGCACCGGGAGAUAUACCAACGGUGGCACUACACGUUCACUGAGCACUGCAUCUCGCCAGUGCUGGAAGCGGUCGUGUCGCCAGUGUCUCCGCCCUACUCGGAAAUCCUCGCGCUAGACGCUCGCGUGCGGGACUUCGAGGUGCCCACGUUUAUGCAGAUCAACCCCGGCACGACGUCCGGAAACGGACUGUGCAUCGUGCAGUUAUGGACACAUAUGACGCGCGAAGUCGCUUUUCUGAACCUCCACCGCCAGUUUUUCACCCAAGCGCUCAACGAGGGUUUCUGGGCCCACCACAAGUACGCAAUGUCCGUCGUCGCCGUGUACCAGGCGUCCGUCAGCCUUCUGUUCGGCCUGGAGGCGUACUACAGGCAACAGCCCGAGUACUCGGUGCGCUCGCAGCGGCUGUGGUGGAAUGGCUUGUCUUCAGCUGUCGCACUAUCGCUGAUCGCCUCGCGAGUGCCGCCGUCCAUGAUGUCCUCGAACGCUCUGCUCGAGCUUGGCAAAGUCGUUCGGUUCUACUCGGAUGUCAGCGACCGGUGUCCACUGGCGGCCAGGGCUCAGCCCGUGCUCGAGAUCAUUUUCGACCGCGCGCGGUCCCACUACCUCCAGAGCCGGUACGGCCUCAACCAUUCCGACACCUACGAUCCCACCACGGACCCAGUCUGCACAUUCGGCGUCCGCGCCGGCGGCUUCGUCUCGGCCCACUCGCGCACGGGGAACGUGAUGCCGAGCGACAGCGAGAACGCCCUCCCGCCGCUCACGACGCACCCGAAGCUCCGGGGGGUCUACGAGGACGCGACGGCGAACUCGCCCCCGCCGAACGACCCGAUCCUCAUGCCCGGCCACCUCCACCGCGCGUCCGUGAACGGCGGCACGCGCAACGGCGGCGGCGCCAACGGCCGGCCGUCCUCCCCUGGGGUGGGCGUGGGCGGCUCCGCUGGCUUCGGGGUCUCUGCGGAGCGGUCGGGGCUGCAGCACGACGGCGGGCCGUUGAGCGGGUACAUGGGCGCGUCCGCGGCGACGGCGCAGCACUUCAAGUGGCUCAGCUCCGAGUCGAACGAGUACUCGUGGAUGACGUGGUUUUGA